CUCCCUCCAGUGGUCACUGUAGGCUUUCGGUUCAGUUUCCCGGAUCAGGAAGAGAGAGAGUCCAAGAAAUCGAUCGACGCAGAGAAGUGCAAUAUACCAGAAAGGGAAGCGAUGAAGGGGAUGAUGCCAUCUCAAUCCUCCAUGAACUACGCUAAUGAAGACGCCUACUACGAACUAGAAGAAGAAAAUGAAGGAUUGUUAAGGAGAGGCAUAGUAGAAGGCUGCCGUGGAAUUGAUGGUAUAGCAGACAAGUUUCAGUGCAUGAGCAUUCACAAACGAGACGCUGCCAAACGAGGUGAAGAGCUCUCUUUUCAGAAGAAAUGUCUGUGGAAGCAAGAGCAGAAGGGCAGAGUUGCAAGGCUAGAGAAACAACUCAGGAUAAGGUGGGAACUUGAUGAGCUUAUUGAAGAACAACUGAACAGGUUCCACGCCCACUACAACUUGGAUAUGGUCCCAACCCGGCUUAAGGAUGUUGCUCAACUGCUCAUGCCCAAUUGGACUCCACCUGAUGAGCUGAUCUCCACAGCUUGGCUUGGCGAUUGGCGUCCCUCUGCAAUUCUGGAGCUUGUGCGUAGCUUGCCCAUCUGUUCCUGCUCAUCAUCAUCAUCCUCUUCGAACUCUAGUGGCACUGAACAGCUCUUAUCGCAGCUCAUUUAUGAGAUUCGGAUUGAAGAGGCAAUAAUUGAUGAGGAAAUGGCUGAAAUUCAAUCAACAUGUAUCUUCUACCUUCCAUUUGCUCCAGCAAACAUCCAAUCAGGUGGAGCUGCCUUGGCUUCUGUUCAGUCAGAGUUCAAGAAGAUCGAAAGGGUGAUCACAAAAGCUCAACAACUUAGGUUCAAGGCACUGGAGUUGGUGUUGAAGAAGGUACUGAAUGAAACUGAUGCGGCAGAGUUCUUGGUUGCAUUCGAGGGAAUUCAAGAAGCAAUUCACCAGUUUGCCGCAAACCAGAGGUUCCAAAAGGGUCCAGUCACGGUGCCUGUCAAGUCCUUGGGGUCUAGCUAAGAACAAAGAGAUGUGAAACCUUCUUGCCAAAUCAGAAACAAACAGAGAAAGAAGAGAUAACAGACCUUUCCAACUUACCAUUUUUACUGAACCUGUUUUUUUGGGUAUGAUAUCUUGUCAUCAUGUCAGCUCCAGCAGAAAUGUAGCAGAUGAGCAGAAUCCUGUGGGACAAUAGUGUGUUGUCUAAACAUUGUUUGCGGAAACUCGAAAGAGAAUUUUGCAUUUGCUGUGAUUGGAAGUUGAACAUAUUAUAUUUGUAGUGAAUGUAUAAAGCUUUGUAAGAUGAAGAUAGUUUAAUACAUUCUCAAUUUGACA